UUUCUCUGGCAGCCUCCCACCGUCAUGGCGUCAGGGUCCGUCCAGCCCUGGGCUUGGAUCCUGCCCUACGGGACUCGAGGCUGGCAGCACCAGCGAGUCUGGGACCACUUGCGGCCGCAGGGGAUGACUCCAGUCAAUGAGCUGCUGGAGGGAUUCAUGACGCCCGAUGCCGAUGUGUACUUCGAGCACCGUGAGGGGUCGAGCCCUUACUACCAGGCGGUGCUUCUCGCUUCAGAUCGACGGACCAUCCCUCCCGGGAUUGCGCGGGCCGAGGCACGCAGGUUCCGACGCCCGCCCAGUGCAGCCGAGCUCGCGGAGUCCGUCAGCCAGACUCGUCAGGCCGCUGAUGACCUGUACAUCCAGCCGGCAGCGGCGGCGGGCUUGCCGACGGUGGCUCCGCCCGGAGGCGCUGUCAUCCCUCGGGCGCAGCCGCCUGCGGUGAUGCCGGAGGGCGGCCUGGAGCCAGCAGCUGGUGCCCAGACCCCUGCUGCGCCUCUUGCGGGGGGCUUGUCCGCGGAUGCCGCUGGGGCUCAACGGGGGACGGUGGAGUCGACCAUUCACGGCCCUCGCGGGACUCCCGCUUCCUUGGCGGAGACUGAUCCCGUGCAGAGCGAGGUCGGCAUCUUCACCGCACCUUCAGGCACGGCCGUGGAGUUCGGCGACCUGCAGGCUCAUCCCGUGGAGGAGUACCCGACCACGGAGAGCUAUCACGAUUUGAGGGUCAUCGUGGCCACGAUCUUGGUGUCACGGGAUCGUCUCAGGGGUCGCAUCGUCGUAUCAGAUGUUCAACUGCGGGAGUCACCCUCCCGAGACUGGCCCAUGCUCGGGCCCAGGCCCACCCAGUGGUGCUGCAGCUGGCUCUCUCACCGACACGGAGGGCCUCUCAGGCAUCACCGCUCGCUCCUCAUGACCGACGGCAUACGGAUCGAUGACUGGGGCGGGGCAGUCCACGACGCUGCCUUGGGCUGCUGGGAUGAGGACUUCCACUGCAACAUGAUUGACGUCAGCAACAGUGCCACGAUCGAGCUCCUUCUCGGGAGGACGCUGCGGGCUGAGUGCGCAUGCCAAAUGGACUUCGUGGCCCCACCCCUCUUGGGGCCGAAGGGCAAGAACAAGAGGAACUCAUCCUCGUUGCGGCUCGCGGUGCUCGAGGAGGCCACCAUCUUCCUGGGGGCGACCAAGGACUCGGGGGUGACGAUGGUCUACCUGGACCCCAUCACCCGCGAACCUGGCAAGGUCGAGCGCAGCGCAGCGAUCCUCAUGCCGGUCAGCAAGGCCUACGAGGAGGCGGCGGAGCUCGCGAAGCAGGGAGAGGACGGAGGGGGGGCCUGCCCGGCCGCACUCGGACCCCGCCCUCAGACGUUGCUGCGUAGGAUGGCCGAUUGCGACCUGAUCGAGUGGCACCUGUCGGGUGAGAAGUCAGGGAAGUACCGCUUGAUAGUCGAUGGUAGGCUACCAUCUUGCCAUUUUCGUGAUAGCGACCCCGUGGCGCUGGCGUCUGGGGCUGCCUUUUCGGCCAUAGAGGUUGACAGCGCGGCUCCCAUCCAGGUCGGCUCGGUCGAUAUCGUAAACGCUUUUAACAACGUGCAAUUGCCCGAAGCUCUUCGUGACAUGUUCGCCCUCCCGAGGGCUCGAGCCAACCUGGUGAAUGUCUCGACGGCCCAAGGCCGCGCUGUCAGACGGGGCCGAUACCUUUUUCCAGUCCUGAAGGUGAUCCCGAUGGGCUGGAAGCUUUCUCUCUGGGCCUGCCAGCAAGUACUUGAGUAUCGAGCCAGCAGGCUUCGUGGCGCGACUGAAAGCAAUGCCGUCGUCGAUCACCUCCCCACUCCGUGUCUGGAGCCUUUCGCACGCACCGAGUACGUUGAUAACUUUUUCGCCUUCGGGAAGGAUCGGGAGGUUGUCAGGGGCGCGGCGGAGGAGGUACAGCAGGAGUUGAGUGGAGUGGAUCUUCCCACGCAUCCACAGAAGGUGGACGUCAGCACUGUCAAGUCGCUCGGCCGAUUUAAUGAGAGGUGGAGAUCUUCUCGUGAAGAUGAAUUGGGUUAUCGACCUCGAGAUCAUGCUCUCUCGCUCGCCCUUCUAGGAGGCUUCGACAUAGACGGGCCCGCCCCCGAGGUUCCAGAAGAUAAGAUCGACAUCGACUCGAGUAUAUGGGACGGCGAAUGGCGGCGGGUCUUGGUGAGACGGUGGGCCCGCUCGGAGGCCCAGGUGAUCCUCGAGGUCCGUAGCAUGGUCCUAGCUCAUCUCCACAAGACGCGUGCCAUGGCGAAUUUCGGGAAGCGCCACUUGUACUUGGGUGACGCCAUGGCCAGCAUCCUUGCCGUGCCCAAGGGCCGCUCAUCCUCGCGGUUGAUGCGAGUCUGUCGUCAGAUCGGUGGCCUCAACCUUGCCUUCAACAUGACUUCUCGCUGGCGGUGGCUCCCUUCAGAGCACAAUCCUGCUGAUCGAGGCUCAAGGCGAAAGCAGGGUGACUGGGCCGAAGCGUCAGCCAAGCCCCAUGCGCCCGACCCUCCGGCUGUUGUCCUGCCCAGGCCGCGACAUGCUCCGCAGAACAGGGACGCUUGCGGCCAGCGGGACAGCCGCGUCCGCGCCUUCGCAGCCAGGCUCGGACGGGCCUUUGGCGUCGACUUCUGCCCCGCUGAUGCCCCUGUCGCGGCCGCCAGCAGCGAGGCCUUCGACAGCUCGGAGCCAGGCCUUCGAGCCGAUAUCGCUGCUCGCCGCCACCGGGACUACGUGACGGGGUCGACGGUCGACGAGCUCGGCCCGCCCUUGCUCGGGAGGCGCAUCGUGAAGAAGCAUCAGGAAGCUCGGUACAAGCACAUGGUGGGUCAGCUCUGCCUGUGGUGUGCGGCAGCCAGCGGGGUGAUCGACAGCACCGCCCAGCUCGUCUCGACGGGCUACCUGUGGUCGGUGGUCACCUUCCUCCUGGUGGCCCCCUCGUACUGUCGGCAGGACCAGUCGCCGAAGGGACCUCGAGCUCUGGCGGCGUGGACCCUGCGGCCGUUCGAGUCGGAGCACAGCGCGCCACCAAGGACGGGCGGGCUCGGCGAGCCGCUGAGCCACGACAACACGGUGCUCGGUCGGGUGGGAGGCCUGCUGUCACGGGUCAGGGCCGGCCUCGGCGCAACGCCGCCUCUGCUCGACCUGAAGUACUCGAGCGGGGCCGCCCUGUUCUUCCUGGCCGCGGUAGACAAGGGCCUCGACAACCUGGGGCCUCCCACGCCGUGCCAGCUCCGACACAGCGGGGCGAUCCGCGAGCUGGCCACCCACGCCCGCCCUCUCGCCGAGAUCAAGAAGCGUGGGCAACAGGCGUCCGACAGCAGCAUGGGCUCGCACGCCGUGCAGCGCCAGGCUCACACUGCCGCCGCCCGCAUCAGCUCGCAGAUCUUGAGACCGCUGCCCGCCAGGCAGCUGUGA